CUUUGCUGCAAGUUCUCUGGAUGGGCACAAGAGUGGGUUGUAGUAACUAAACAAGCUCCAUGUUCUGGUGUGGGAGUUUAGGACUUCUGGGCUGGAUCUAACUUGGACUCCUGAAACUUCUGCUUUUAGGAUCGUCUGCUCUGAAUGAGAAGAGAGCAAAAUGGAGGAGGGCAGGGUGCAAGAGAGGGGGCUAGACGUGCACCCAUCCUGCUGAAGAGGAGACAAAGCAAAGCCAAACUGAAUGCAAUAAGCGCACAGUCUGGAGGGUUUCUCUGCUCCUAUCCUCCCCCUCUUCUAAAGAUGUCCUCCUCCAUGGUGCUGUGGAUUUGCUGCAUGAUGGGGCUUUGGUUUUUCGAUUCCAUAUCUGGAUCUAGAGGAGCUCAGUUCAAUGAGUCUUUUUACAUGGAUAGGUGCAAGAAGACCACCACUUGUGAAGCCCUCAAGUACAAUAUGUGCCUUGGAUCUACUCUGCCCUAUACAUGGACAUCCACUGGCCUGGCUGAGGAUUCCUCUUCUCAAGAAGAAGUUCAUGAUAAACUCUUGCUUUGGUCUGGUUUACGGAAUGCUCCUCGCUGCUGGGAGGCGAUACAACCCCUGCUCUGCGCCGUGUACAUGCCAAAGUGUGAGGCGGGCAAAGUAGAGCUGCCAAGUCAAGGCCUGUGUCUAGCUACCCGGGGCCCUUGUGCUAUUGUGGAGCGUGAGAGGGGCUGGCCUGAUUUUCUAAAAUGCUCCACAGAUCGAUUUCCUGAAGGUUGUCCGAAUGAGGUGCAGAACAUCAAGUUCAACAGCUCAGGUCGUUGUGAGGCCCCCCUGGUCCGCACUGACAAUCCUAAGAGCUGGUACGAGGAUGUGGAAGGCUGUGGGAUUCAGUGUGAGAACCCACUGUUUACUCAGGAGGAGCAUCGGGAGAUGCACAUCUACAUUGCCAUAUUCAGCUCUGUCACCAUAUUUUUCACCUUCUUCACUCUGGCUACAUUUCUUUCAGAUUGGAAAAAUUCCAACCGAUACCCUGCAGUCAUCCUUUUUUACGUCAAUGCCUGUUUCUUCAUGGGCAGCAUUGGGUGGCUAGCACAAUUCAUGGACGGCGCCCGGAAAGAAAUAGUUUGUCGUGGAGAUGGCACCAUGAGACUUGGAGAACCCACAUCAAAUGAAACUCUCUCUUGUGUGAUCAUCUUUGUCAUUGUUUACUACUCCAUGAUGUCAGGGGUGAUCUGGUUUGUCAUGCUGACAUACGCUUGGCACACAUCCUUCAAAGCUCUGGGCACCACUCACCAGCCACUCUCUGGCAAGACCUCCUACUUCCAUUUGAUCACUUGGUCCAUUCCCUUUGUGCUGACUGUGGCCAUCCUGGCUGUGGCUCAGGUGGAUGGUGACUCUGUGAGCGGUAUUUGCUUUGUGGGAUACAAAAACUACAGGUAUAGAGCUGGCUUUGUCUUGGCCCCUAUUGGAAUUGUCUUGGUAGCUGGAGGUUACUUCCUUAUACGAGGUGUGAUGACUCUGUUUUCCAUCAAAAGCAAUCACCCUGGACUACUUAGUGAGAAGGCAGCCAGUAAAAUCAAUGAAACCAUGCUGCGGCUAGGAAUAUUUGGAUUUUUGGCAUUUGGUUUUGUGCUCAUCACCUUCACCUGUCAUUUUUAUGACUUCUUCAACCAAGCCGAAUGGGAAAGGAGUUUCCGUGAAUAUGUUCUAUGUGAAGCCAAUGUGACCAUUGCCACUGAGACCAACAAGCCAGUUCCAGAGUGUGGAAUAAAGAACAGGCCCAGCCUCCUUGUAGAGAAGAUUAACCUCUUUGCCAUGUUUGGAACUGGCAUAUCUAUGAGCACAUGGGUGUGGACCAAAGCAACAAUUAUUAUUUGGAAGAGGGCCUGGUGCAGGAUUUUGGGGCGUAGUGACGAUGAACCUAAGAGAAUCAAGAAAAGCAAGAUGAUUGCAAAGGCAUUUUCCAAACGGAAGGAGUUGCUUAACAACCCUGAGAAGGAACUAUCUUUUAGUCUGCACACAGUCUCCCAUGAAGGACCGGUUGCUGGUUUAAACUUUGACAUCAAUGAGCCAUCUGCUGACAUGUCUUCUGCAUGGGCGCAGCAUGUUACAAAGAUGGUGGCUAGAAGAGGAGCCAUUUUACCACAGGAUGUGUCUGUAACUCCAGUGGCAACUCCAGUGCCCCCUGAAGAGAGAGAGAACAUGUGGCUGGUAGAGGCAGACAACCCUUAUGGCCUAGAGAAGAAGACUAAGAAGAAGAAAAGGAGAAGGAAGAAAGAGAUCAGACCAAUGGAGGAAUCAAGGGGUAUGGAAAGCUAUCGACAUCGGAUAUCAACUGCUGUGCCACGCCUUCCAAAGCUUCCUGCUAAACCUGGUCUAGUGACUAGGUCUAGGGAACCUCAGGAAAUAGAAGACGCUCUUCCAGGAUCAUGCAGAGAGUACCAGAGAUGGCCUCCUCUACAGGGAAAUCUAUACCAUGUUGAGACCAGGGAUGACCGCCAUGGAUACAGAAGUUAUACUCACACUAAUUUAAUGUCUCAUCCCUAUUCUGCUGAUGAGUUUCCCAUUGCUGAACAGAGUAAUGUUCAGUUCAUACCACAGCCAAAGCGUGAUGGAACCUUCCAGCAUUCGAAUGUUAAUCCCCAAUUAUAUAACAUGGGGAAUGUGGGGCACCGUACUGAAAGAACUCAGACUAGAAGAGCAGGGUUUCCCCCAAUGCAUUCCAGGGCAAACCUGAUGGAUGCUGAACUAAUGGAUACAGACUCUGAUUUCUAGUAGCCAAUUAGACAUGUUUACAGACUUUUUUUUAAGUCCAAUAAUUUAGAGUGGAUCAUAGUUGCAGGCUGGUUGACAAUGGCCUGAGACAAAAACACAUGCAGAUGUCAAAUGAGAUCUGAACAUGGAUGUUUCAUCUAAGGCUUCGAACAUGAGAUGAAAUACGAUACAAAAGACUUCCUAGGACUGAAUAACAGGAGAAUGUACAUGUUACGAUCACCCUCGUUGGAGUUUACAUGAUGUGUGGGUGUGGCUGGGCUGCCAAUCCAAAAACAACUGAUCUAUCUAAAUUAUUAAUAUUCCCCAGUAAUACCUCAACACUGCCACCACUAAGGUUUGUUUCAAGAGCUCACACACUUACAGAAAGACUUCUUCAGUUACUCCCUCCUAUCUCAAUAUAAUCCCAGUUUACAUUAUUUAAAUACUACAAUAUCCUCCCAAACUAUUAUCUAAACAGGUGCCUUGUGUGCUUCAAGCUUAGUACGUGGAUUCGUUCAGGAACACAAGACAGAACUUAUUAAAGGGAGUUUAAUAUGACAAAAAGAGUCACAAUACUUAUGUAUAUAUAAAAUAAAAGGUGUAACAAAAGACAUACAGAAAUACAAUAUACAGCAGUUUCCUAAAAUAAAAGGAAAUAAACCUGAAACGUAACACUCAUGUAGAUGGCAUAAGCUCUGGUACUGGGACAGGCAGAAAAACAGGACAAAUCUUCACUACUUUGGUGAACCCCAAGAAAUUACGCCCAGCCCUGGUUUUUCAUACCUUAUGAACCUUUCUCUUUCUAUAUCCAUUCCCCCAUCCUCUGAUGUCACUGUGCAGGAUCUGAUAAUCAUGACACUCUUUAAUGACGCCAGUUAUCUCUGGUUCCUGAGGUGUGACUAGCUAGAAGGCAACUUCAAAGGCCCCAGAAGAGAAGACCUAGAUCUGCACACACAAACAUAUAUACAGGACUCACCAGGGAGCGGAAAGAGCUGGACCCAAAUUAAUAUCAAUAUUUGCAAUAGUGUAUUACAAAAUCCUUUUUACUGUUUGUUCACAAAGAAGCUAUGCAGCUCGCUCUUCAACUCACUUUUUGGGUUUAUCUGAUGGGGGAUGUUCUGCUGGACAAUUAUUUAUUAUGUACAGAGCAAAUGUAUUGUCCCAAGUAAAAUAAGAUUUCUUAACAAUUGUAUAAUCAGAGCAAGCUGAAAUAAGGUACUAUCAUCUGUCUAAUGAUGGUACUGACUAAACUUCUUCUGUGGAAGUGGCUUCUGGAAGACAGACCAUUGUGCCCUGUUAAACCUUUUACACUGGGGCACAGGGUUCUCAUGGAAUAAUUAGCUUUUAGCAAGUGCUAAACUGAAGAUUCAUACUUACCUGCUCCCCACUGCUCUGGUCCUCGGUGAUGCCUCUGCUGUGUCCAUGUUCCGUUGUGAUUUGCCACUUGUGGUCAUGUCACCUCUGAAGUCAGUCAUUGGCUGCAGCUGAGCAUGUGACCAUGUCCAUGUGGUGCCGUAGGCACUGGAACAUGGACACAGAAGAGUCAGUUUGGGGAGCAGGUAAGUAUGAAUCUUCUAUUUAAAGAGACAGGCUGCAGGCACUUGCUAAAAGCUGAUUAUUCGUGGAGAACCCCUUUAAGUUAUACCCCUGGACAUAAUAUGUUUGGUGCCUUUUAUAGAACCUAUGUGCCUUAAGAGCAGAUGAUUUCACCAGGCCAUUUGAUUAUAACAGUCUAGAAGCAAUAACCACCCAGUGACUUAAACAUAAUGGGGCUCAACAGACCAUCUUUGUGGUCCUGGGCUCCACCUUACUUUUUAUGAGCAUUAGCGUUUUACUUUGGGGAUAGAGAAAUGUUAUAUUGAUGGGGCUUUUGUUGGGAGAUGGGAACGGAAAGUUUUGCAGUGCAAUUUAAUGAUUCCCAAAACUGUUCCCAAAAAAGUUCAGAAAUAACUUGUAGUACAAGUUUACACUUUGGAUUUAUAUGCAUAUUUACUGGAAAUGCUGGGUUCACAUUACCGUUUCAUUUUCCGUUCCUCUGAUCCGUCAAAAGAACAGAAACAAACCAGGAUCUGUGCAUCAUUUAUGUACAUUUGACAUCCGUUUGAUUCAUUUCCGUCAGAGAUCCAUUUUUGUAGACGGGGAAGAAAAAAAGUACUGCAUGCAAAUGGCUCAGACUGAUGCCAAAUGUGCUUAACUGAUGCAUGGGAUCCAUUCUUUUUUUUUUUUUUUACAGGAUCCUGUUUUUUAUCUCUUUUUUUGUCUGUUCUGAUGGAUCAGAAGAACAAAUAAAUAAUGGUGAUGUGAAAUCUCCCCUUAGCUGUGUAAUUUAGCUGUGUGUUCAUACAAUUAUGUGUCAUAUUACUGUACAUGUUUUGUAUACCACCAUAAAAUAUGAACAGCCUUAAAGGGGAAGCUAUAUCAUGCACUUCAUGGCAGAAGCCUUUGGCUGUUUAUUUAUGUCUUGGUGGUGUCUUUGUUCUGUUGUAAAUUAAUGGGUUAAAUUCUUAUGUUUUUUUUUUUGUAUAUCCAGUAAAACUAGCACCUCUAAGAUACAGGUACUUUAACCCUUCCACAUAAGUAACUGACUAAGACAUGUUAUGCAUUGUGAUAGACUGUCAUUAAUUUUGUAGGUCUCGAAAGUAUGCUUUCCUAUGGAAAGUACAGGUAAAUAUUGGUCUUCAGUCUCAGCUUACAUUCUUUCCUAUUAUGAGAACAUAACUGAUUUUCUGAUUAUGUAUUUUUUUUAUGCUUGGUUUUUAGUUUUGUUUUAUAUUUUGCAUACGGAUAUUAUCCCCUUUAAAGGUACAGUCGAGGCCAUUAAGAAGUGCAGAACUCUUCCCUUUCGGUGCAUUUUCUUUUAAAAAUUUUUAUAGAAAAUUUGACUUUUAGAGCAUGAUUAUUUUACUGGGAUAAAAGUUGAAGGAAACAGAUUUAUAAGGGAUAGCAUGUUUGUGGUAUCAUUUAGAACCCUGUUUCCAUUUAAUAAGCAUUAGUGACAGCUUGUUGCACUCCUGCUGGACUGUGUGUGUGUGUGUGUGUAUGUGUGUAUAUAUAAUAU